GCGGGGCGGGGCCCGGCAAGUUUGUUUCCCGAGUUCGGAGCCCAGGAGCCCCCGCGGUUGCCGCGCAGGUGCCCUCCGUCGGGGUCAGGAUGGAGCUCCCUGCGGUGAACCUGAAGAUGAUCCUGCUGGUUCACUGGCUGCUGACGACCUGGGGCUGCAUCACGUUCUCGGGCCCUUACCCCUGGGCCAACUUCACCAUCUUGGCGGUGGGCGUGUGGGCCGUGGCUCAGCGGGACUCCGUCGAUGCCAUAAGUCUGUUUCUCGGCGGCUUGGCAGCCACCAUCUUCCUGGACAUCGUCCACAUCAGCGUCGUCUACCGGCAGGCCGGCUUCACGGACACACAGCGCUUCGGUGCCGGCAUGGCCAUCCUCAGCCUGCUCCUCAAGCCCUUGUCUUGCUGCUUCGUCUACCACAUGUACCGGGAGCGCGGGGGUGAGCUCCCGCUCUGUACUGGUUUCCUUGGACUGUCACAGGAGCGCAGUGACUACCAGACGAUUGACUCACCAGAGGCUCCCACAGACCCCUUUGUAGGCUCAGACGGCAGGGGUCACUCCCCGCAAGGGUACUGAAGCCAGUCUGCUUUGGCCCCAGCUCAGGGGCCAGUGGAGCAGACCCCAGAGAUGGCCCAGGAUGCAUCGCCCUCCUCGUGCCUCAGAUGGCAUUCCAGAGCUGUCCCUGACCUCCACGCCCCUUUCCUGGACUGUGUUCUCCUGUUCCCCAUCACCCCAGGCAAGUGCCCUGAGUGGCCAGGAGCCCCGUGCACACCUUUCCCAGACUCCCUGAGGCCUCCGCUCCCUUCGAAGUACCCCACUGGUCUGAGGCUGGCAACCAUGGUCUUUUUCCUCACGUCUGUUAGCAGCUCUGUGCAGCCCUGUCCAGCCAUACCUGAGCCAGGCCUUGCCCACAGUUGGUUGACCUUGCCCACAGAAGCUCUGAGAGCUUUGGGUCAUGGUCAGCCCCCAGAGCAGUCCAGCAUGGAAGUGAGGUCCCUGUGCUUCUCAUGCCUAGUAACUUGGUGCUUGGGGACCUUGGGGCUGGAGGUAGGAGACAUCUGCAGCCCGGAGAACCCCCAUGGCCGCCAACUGCCCUUCCCAUGGCCAUGGCAUUCAGGUCUGGGGAAUCCGUAGCUGGGGUGUUUUGAGCCAUGGUUAAUCUCCCAGCUGUGCUGGGGCCUGGACCUGCCAUUCCUGGGAAGAUUUCUCCUUUGAACCAGCGGGGA